AAAACAAGCAAAACAACAAACAAACAAAAACCUUUGUCAAUCCAAAGAAACAACAGGAAGACAGAUAAUUAAAGCACUGAUGAACACCUGCAGCAGGGAAACAAACCGGAACAGGUGAGAGUGGGCGGGGCAUCAUCACAGAGAACUGAACCAAUGACAGGUMAAACAUAAAGAAAGAAAGAAAAAGGACGUGAUCAACAACCAAACAACACGAAUUGUGACACAUUAACAGCUAAUUUAUUUAUUUAUUAAAUAUUUCCUCMCAGUUUUGCCUAAAAAAACCUAAUUUCCGGACACGGAGCAGCUGUUUGCUCCUGAGUUUUUAGUUUGUUUUGGAUGAGAGAAGGAGGCGCGCUGUGCAGCUUCUGACCCAGAGCCACCUGACUCCUUCUCUCCGUGGGGAGGUGGAUGUGAUGGUGAUGGUGCUGCGCUCUCCGCGGGGAACUCAUCAUCACUUUUACGCAGCGCAGAGGGAGCGCGCGCAGGGAUUGUCUGUUGUUCCAACACGGUGUCGCACUCCGCGCGCUUCUUAUCAACUCUUGGAGAAUUUAAAAGAAAGCAGAUUWUGAGUUUUUUUUUUUUAAAGAAUAAAUAAAUCAAACUUGAUUUUUACGCAGCGCUCUGAUGUGGAUGAGCUCUUUACGCGCUGAAGUAAAACUAAAUGUCUGCUUGCAGACCUUGACCUCGGAACCUGCACCUCGGAACCUGGACCUCGGAACCUGGACCUCGGAACCUGCACCUCGGAACCUGGACCUCGGAACCUGGACCUCGGACGCAUCUCGGUUUUCCUCCUUGUUGGUUUUCGUCCAGAAACUCACAUGAGGCAACGUUUCCCUCGGAGUGCAGGUUUCGUGUCGAGGCUGUGUUUCCAUCAGCAGGAGGAGCCGCGCGUCUUUUUGGCGACAUCUCGCGCGGAAACAUGAACGUUUCCUUCUUCAACGCGACGCACGACGCGCUGUUCAACAGCAGCCAGAGCCUCGCCGGGGCUCUGGAGACAUUCUCCGGUAACGGCACGGACAACGUGGUGACCGGGGACGGCGGAGGGUCYCUCGUGCUGCUGCAGGAUGAGCGCAAGCUCUUCGUCACGCGCGUGGUGCAGAUCGCCGUGCUGUGCGUCCUGUCGCUCACCGUCAUGUUCGGGAUCUUCUUCCUCGGCUGCAACCUGAUGAUCAAAUCAGAAAGCAUGAUCAACUUCCUGGUGAAGGACCGGAGACCCUCCAAAGACCUGGACACUGCGAUGAUCGGGCUCGGCUGAGAGGACCUGAGAUCUGGGUCCAGAUCUGCAUCUGCAUAUAUCCGUCCAAGACCUUUUUGAGUCCCGAAGAGGAAAAAUAUGCAAAAAAAAAAAAAAAAAGUCAGAUUUCCUUCCCAAAGUUAUACAAAGCAUAACGACCAAUGCGUGUGCGUAAAGUUUGUGCGUAAAAUCCAGGUUCACACAGAAUUGUUGAGUAUUUUUAAUGGAUUUGAAUGUUGCCAACUUGAACAAAGUGUCGACAAUGUUUACAAACUGUUACCUCGUUUUUUUCUUCUUCUUUAAAGUUUUAUCCACAAGCAUGAUCUGUGAAAUCUUAGCUCCACAAGUGUAACCUGUGGACGUCAUGUGGGUCUGUUUUUAUUUAUUUAUUUUUGAGACGAACUAAAAGUAUUUUUCUUGGUGAUGAUAAGUGAAAAUAUUCCAGUUUUGUAAAGUUUUGAACCAACAGCUUUAUGGGGUGAUUGUGAUCCUGUUUGGCAUGCUCGCUGAUUGAUCCGUAAAGUGACUUUUUGUUUUUUACAAGUUUUGCACUUUUGAAAGUUUUGAUGCUGCAUGAGAUAUUUUGUACUGGUUUACUGAAACUGCAGCAUGUAAUAAAGAUAUAAAAACUAAAA